AUGCCCGCUAAGUUUCUCACCGCUGGUCGCUUCUUAGCGGAUCGCUAUUCCGAUCCAGCGUUAGAUGCAGUUGCGACUCAUCUGUCUGUAAGGCCCUCUCUGGGGGCGCUCGGCCAGUUGUUCACAAAUCUUCACCAUCCGGUUGAGCCUUCAGCUUCGCCCAUCCGUCUUGGCAAAGCGGAUACGGCUCAGGACAACCAGGACCCUAUACCACAAAAACCAUACCAAGGAACAUACCAUGAAUGUAUAGGACGACAUACCGACGGAGAACACAGUCCUCAACUCGGGAACGGACACCCGGCCCGUCGGUUGUCGAUCGAUGGAGGCGUGCUGCGCGUGGUCUGGCGUAUGCCAAAUGGAGAGAGCGCUUGCUGGAGGAGCUCGGCCGAACUUCGGCCACUCGUCAGCGCACGCUCGAGGCACUGGUGCCUGUGCUGGAGGCAUGGUCGGACCGGCGACACGUUAGACCCGGAGUCUCACAAAGAAUGGGAGCAGACAGCUUAUUCAAAAUUAGAGGACGAACUACCAACUUGGGAGAAUUUUAAGGAUUUCCUGCAGUCAAGAUACCGUACCUUAGAACUUGUAUUGUCCGUGUCAGGGACUUGUAGCAGCCGUGACAAACCUGUAAGAGAACGUUCACAUUUACUAACUGCCACAGCCACCACGUCACAGCCAAAUGAAAGAACUUGCGUGCUCUGUAAAGAAAAACAUACAUUAUGUCAUUGUAAGAAUUUUACCAAACUGCAACCUGAAGAAAGAGCUGAUUAUGUCAAGACCAACAAUCUGUGUUUUAACUGUUUGGUGCCUGGGCAUUCUGCUUACCAGUGUAAGUUACAAAUGUCCUGUCGCUUAUGUAGAAGACGGCAUCACACUCUUCUCCACCGCCAUCAAGACUCGGCACAAACUGAGGAAAAGAAUCAACCGAGUGCAUCUCACCACGGGGUAGAAGAGAAAGAAGAGGUUAUAAAUAGCAUGGUGGCGUCACAUCACAGAACUAAGCAAAGUACAGCACUACUAGCCACAGCCAUGGUUUUAACGAGGAACGAGCAUAACCAAACCGUUGUUCUUCGUGCGCUAGUAGACCAAGGUUCGCAGGCUUCAUUUUUAAGCGAGAAGGCGGCUCAAACGCUCAAACUUACCAGGCAAUCAGCGAGAGGAAGUAUUAUCGGGGUGGGAUCUACUAGGACUAAUGUUGAUCACGUGGUUCAACUUAAGAUUGGCUCCCGCUGGAAUCCAAGCUUCGAAAUCAACAUACAAGCAUAUGUUAUGAGUAAACAGUUGACCACAAAGAUCCCCUCCAAAGCUGUAACUGUCACACAUUGGCCACAUCUAGAAGGACUCAACCUGGCAGAUCCAGACUACUACCAACCAGGUUCUAUAGACUUACUUCUUGGUGUUAAAGAGUAUGCACAGAUUGUGCAACCAACACUUAUUAAGGGCCCUCCAGGUUCUCCAUGUGCCCAAGAAACCAACCUGGGGUGGAUCCUCUUCGGAGAAAUCGAUAAUAGCCGUGAAAAUGAAUCAUUUCUGGUCCUUCAUCAUCAAGUCCAUAUAGAUCAUAUGUUGAAAUCCCUCUGGGAAAUUGACAAUGAUAAAAAGAGAAUAUUAACAAAGGAAGAAAAGCUAUGUGAAACAAUAUAUGAAAGCACACAUACGAGAAAUAGUGAAGGAAGAUAUCUAGUAAGGCUGCCAUUUAAUACAAAUAAUCCAAUUUCGAUUGAAGGAAAUACGAAGGAAAUAGCUAGAAAAAGGUUACUUCAACUAGAAAGAAGAUUUAAGAAAGAAACUAAACUGAAAGAAGAUUAUACAAAGGUCAUGCAAGAAUACAUAAAAGCUAACUACAUGGAAGAAAUACCUAAGAAUGAAAUAAAUGAGAGAAAAUCAGUAUACUUACCUCAUCACGCCGUGGUACACGCAGACAGAGAAACUUCUAAGACACGCGUAGUAUUUGAUGCUUCAGCGAAGGGCUCUAACUGCGUUUCUCUAAACGAUGAAUUGCUUGUAGGUCCGCAACUGCAAGAGAACUUAAGGAACAUACUUAUGAGAUCGAGAUUACAUCGUGUUUGCUAUGCAAGUGAUAUACAAAAGAUGUACCUGCAAAUAUUACUUUAUGAAGAAGACGCCGAUCGAUAUCAACGCCUUUUGUGGAGAGAGAAUGAUACAGACCCGAUUAAAGAAUAUCGUAUGCUUCGUGUUACAUUUGGUACAGCGGCGGCCCCUCACCUGGCUGUAAGAACGCUUCACCAGGUAGCUGACGAUGAGGGUCGAAAUCAUCCAAUGGCUGUUCGAAUUAUUAAAGAAGAUUUUUACAUGGACGAUCUAAUGUCGGGGGAGAGCAGUGCUCCUGAAGCCAUAAAGAGAGCACAAGAAGUAGAUAAUAUUCUACAGAAAGGUGGAUUUGUAUUAUCAAAAUGGUCAUCCAAUUCUGCUGAAUUUUUGAAAUCUAUAGAACCAAACAAACGUACAUCUCGAGCACAGUUGGAUUUUAAAUUAGAUGGAAAUGUACAAGCUCUAGGUUUGAUCUGGAACCUGGGCACGGAUCAGUUUCAGUACAAGGUUAACUUACCAGCAAGCUUCGGAAGAGAAUCCUGCAGACAUCGGGUCGCGGGGCAUGCUGCUGGCGGACUUGAAACAGAAAGAGUUGUGGUGGACAGGGCCUAA